AAAUUCAAUUUGACAUAAAAAAAGGUGGGCAGAAUUUUGAUUUAUCUCCAAGCUUUAACCUAAUAACCGGACCUGCUGAAGCUGGUCUACCGUUGCUGUGGCUGCGGGGUUGGCUUCGAUUCGGAAGUAAAGUGAGUUCCUUAAUAAACCCAUCUUCAAUUAUCCAUUCUCUUCAAAAAUGGCUGUACCCAUUCUCAAAAAUCUGACCUUUUUGAUUUUCAAGCAUGCUUCAAAUAAGAAUGUUCAUUCGUCUAUAUCCCCUGUUUCGCUCCAUUUCUUCUCUACUCGGACGCUGACCCAGCUCGAUAUCAAUCCUAUUGUUUUUGACAUUUUGGUGCAUAAACAUCAUUUCCCCUGUGAAUUUGCCUCGAUUGUUGCCUCGAAAUUGCAUAGCGUCAAGAAGCCAGAAACAGUGGAUUCGAUGCUCUCAUUCUUGAAAUCGAGUGGAUUUUCGAUCGCUCAGUUGCAGAAAAUCGUCGGAUAUGAUCCUAGGUUUCUCCUUCUCAGCCUCGAACGCAACGUUAAACCCAAAAUCAAUUUGUUCCAAGACAAGGGCUUUUCUUCCGCCGAGAUUGCCAAGAUAAUCUCAAGUUGCCCCACUAUUCUAAACUCGAGUUUGAAGAACAACAUUAUCCCUUCAUUAUCUGCACUCAAGGACUUAUUGGAAUCAGAUACAGCGGUCGUCAGAGUUGUGAGACUUAAUGCGUGGAUACUCAACAUGAGAAAAAUUAUGCUGGCUAAUGUCGAAUUCUUAAAGAGCUGUGGUGUAUCCAUGCAACGAAUUCGAAUCAUUCUCAAUAACACUCCAGGUGCUUUAUGUCAUAGCCAACAAACUAUAAGGGCGUCUGUAGAGAAGACCAAAGAAAUGGGGCUAACUGUAGCUUCCAAACCUUUCAUUUAUGGCAUUCAAACUAUUGCUUCAACAAGGAAGGAGGGCUGGGAGCUCAAGUUGCAAGCAUUCCGGGAUAUGGGAUUUUCAGAGAAUGACAUAUCGAGCAUGUUUAGGAAGGAGCCUCGAGCGUUUGCUGUAUCCGUUGAGAAGAUGAAGAAGAUAACGGAGGGUUUGGUUGCCACUGAGAGGUUCCAUGUGUCAGGCAUUGUGGACUAUCCAACAUCACUUAUGUACAGCUUCGAGAAGAGGUACAAGCCGCGGAUAGCAAUUUUAAGGAUUCUUGAAAGUAGGAACCUCAUUGAGAAUUGGCCUCCUCUUCGUUUAUUUUCCAAGACCUCGGAGGCCAAGUUUUAUGAGAGAUUUGUCCGCCCGUAUAUGAAUGAAGUUGGUGGUGUUUACAAGGAGCAUAUGAAAGAUUAAUCAAGCAGUAGGAUGAGUGUUGGUGUGAAUUCAAGAUGCAUUGAGUGUUGAAGCAACUGAAGAAAGAUUUUUUGCUUUGCUUAUUUCCAUCCAUAUUGAUAUGUGUUUGCUGCCUUCAAACUAAGCGUGUGUUAUUGUUGUUUGUGCAGAAUGAACCGUUUCUAAAAUGUUUUAUGCAUAGGUUAGGUUGUUGAAUUCAUGUGAUGAUUAGUUUCUGUUGUGUCAUUCUUGGAGCCAAGUGAAGAGAAAUAGUAAAAGAAACGUGUUCUCUUCACUUCUGAAUCAAAUUUUGUGAUUUGUUUUA